AUGAAGAUAGUUGUUGUUCGUUUCGCAGACGCUGACGCAUACGCUGACGCUGCCGCAUUCUAUAUCGCGACCGUAGAUUUUAUCGGCGUCAGCCGCAGGACGCGGCGUUCGGACGCGGCGUCAGACGCAUUGAAAGAGAUGGUAAUCGCGCUUCUUCACGAAUCUGAACUUGUUCUUUCCGAAGAUUUGAUCGAAGUGAUGGUGGAUAAGGCGUUUAUGGGAGCUGAUCGUAAGAAGGACGGGAAAAUUGAAAUAGAUGAAUGGAAAGAUUUUGUGUCCAUGAAUCCGUCGCUCAUCAAGAACAUGACUUUGCCGUAUCUAAAGGACAUAAAAGGGACGUUUCCAAGUUUUGUUUCAUCUUGUGAAGACGAAGAAUCGGAGUCGCAAAACCUCUAUUUCUAAGUGAAUUCCAUGCAGAUUGCAGAUAAAGAAAGAUAAAAGACCCAACUUCUAGACUUGUUCUUCUACUAUAGUCAGUAAGAUUUGGUACAAAAUUGUAAAGAGGACUAUAAGCUAGGUAGAGAUGGCAAUCAUGGAUCUGAACCGCGGGCCUGGCCCGUAAAGGACUGUCGCGGUACGGUAUUGGGACGAGGUUUUCUAGGCCCGCAAGCGGGACGGGUCUUUGCGGGACUGGGUCUUUUGCGGGAUGGACCGAAACGGGUCAUGCGGGAUUACAUGGACCCGUAAUUUUUUUUUUCAUUUCUUAUUUUACCUGAAAAAAACGAGAAAGAGAGUGAGAAAAAAGCGAUUCUUGUGACUUUUCCCCCAAAAAACAUAAGGAGUUCCGGCGAUGAUGCAUGAUUCGAGCUCCGGUGAUGAUGAUUCGAGCUCCGUCGAUGACGACUCCAGCUCCGGCGAUGACGAUUCGAGCUCUGGUG